ACCAUGCAUCGCGCACUCGAAAUCACCGAAAUACUGGAGCUCAUAGUCAACAACGUUCAAACCACAAAGGCUCUGAUGAAUCUGGCACAGACAUCAAAGUCGUUCAAGGAGCCCGCCAUCAAUGGUAUUUACUCGAGCCUUGCAUUUUGGUUUGAAAUCAUCAAGUGCCUACCCCAUGACUUGAGGAAGUUCCAACAGGAUAAACAGCCAAAAGGUGCGUUUCGCGGUAAUAGGCAACCUCAGUUUACAAUAUCUCUUAAACGAAAGAUGAAAGAAUGUGAUUGGGACUUGCUCAGGAGCCAUGCUGCCAAAGUUCGGGCGAUCGGGUUUCGCGAACCUGAACAACACCGGUACCAUCGUCAAAGCCUUGAGCUUGAAGGGUGGGACUCGUACACGUCCCACCCACCGUCUUCAGUAGCGGCAACAACAUACAGACUAGACCAUUCCGUCAUUGACGCGCUUCUUGAAGCUGCUCGCGUAACUCCAUCAUUGUUGUUCCCGAAUCUACAGAGACUUAGCCUUGGCCACGGAUGUCCAGCCCCAAUCCUGCUCAUGUUUCUUGCUCCCGGUCUUCGCCAACUCCGCGUGUCCAUCAAAGCCCUUCCGGAAUACUCCUCUCUCCCUACG